AUGUCUAUUUCUUCUUCGCCACUUGCUCAUUUAAUACCUGUUGAUCCUCGUGUUUAUUGUGAAACCAUGAAUGAACUUCAUUCAUAUAUCACAAGUUGUAAACGUGGUUAUUUAACGCAGGCUGAACUCUUUCGAUAUUAUCGACAACGACACGAUAAUGUCGAAAUACCUUAUCGUGUAUUAGGCUAUCGAUCACUACUUGAUUUACUCAGUAGUGAUCAACGUUUAUUUUCCAUUGAUUUACGUCGUGAACCAGCUUAUGUUUAUUCGGCAGUUAAAUUGCGACAACAAAAACGAGAACGACGACAAGGCAAUACAACUUUUUCCCGUCAACAUCAUUCAACAAAUACACUUGAUGAACAACAUGCUUUACCACCAGAUGAUGUCUUUUUUGAUCAUCAUGUACCAUUGAAUGAACAACAACAAAGCGAACACAAUGUUGAGUCAGCCGAUGAACACAAACUCACAAACGAGGCACAAAAUGAACGUCCAUUAUCACCAAGUCUUCGUAAUAGUAUCGACACCAUUAUUUGGCAUACGCCACAAUCAGAUGAAGCAAGUUCAUUAAUCGAAAAUAAAAUUAAUACAAAAGAGAAUAACGAAGAAUCAAUGCAAUUUGUGUCUAAACCAUUGUUAACAUUCCCGACUACUUCUUUUCCAUCAGAAAUCAAUCAUAAUCCACUGAUGAUUAAAUGUGAAAAUCAAUAUAAACCGAUCCAACGAAAACUCAUUUCCCACAAUGACAAUAGUGAUGGAAAGAAACGUAUAUCAAUUCGAGAUGGAACAUUAUUAAAAUUUUCGGUUCCUGGUCUUAAUAGAUCGAUAAGUACAUCAACAACAUCAUUAUCAAAAUCAAAUUCUUGGAAUUUAAUGCAUUCUUAUAUUUUUCUUUUCGCUGUUGUUGUUUCUUUUGUUCUUCUUGGCGUUUAUUUUUUUAAACUGUGUUAA